UGACUGAAUUCAAUGAAUGAAAGAGACUUCAGAGAAGAGAAGAAAAGAGAGGCACAAGAUACACAGAUAGAGAAAGAGAGAGAGAUUGACAUAACGACGGGCCAAUCCAGACGGAAAAGUGACAAAGACGGGUGAGAUUGAAACGGAAAUUAAAAGCUGACUCGGGGCCAGUCACAUCCAUCACACCUGGUGGGGCCCCGCCUCAAAACCCGUGGAAGACGGUGGUCAAAUGAACGGAUUGGCUCCAUCCCGCCCUCCCUCUGAUCCACCCACUCCAUGUCUACAUUACCAUCGGUCGGAGAUACGCUCGCUCGAUUGACUUGAAGGGACUUUCAGGGGUGCUCGAGUCUUAAUUGAACAGUCCUCACAUCGAUAGGUCAUCCCAGGAUGGCUUCAUCGUCCGUGGGCGGGGCUCGCACCUCGGGGGCGUCCCGGGUCAAGGCCAAAUUGAAAAUGGCCCUGGACGCCGGAGAUUACUAUGAGGCCCAUCAAAUGUAUCGCACUCUCUACUUCCGGUUAUCCAGCGCACAGAAAUACACCGAUUUGGAACCUCUGUUGUACGAAGGUGCGUUAUUGUUUUUGCGUCAAGGCCAAGUGGGUUCUGGCGUGGAUUUAACCCGCGCCUACUUGGACGUGCUUAGCAAAGGCCAGAUGGAGGUGGCGGAAUCUCCUUGUCAACGAGUGGCUCAGUUGUACGCGCUCGUACCUGAGAAUCAUGCCGAAAAAGAUGGUCUUAUGGCUUCGGCCAUCCAGUGGUCCACCCGUCCGGGUUCCACGCAAGGGCAUCCCCGUGUCCAUCAGUUAGUGGCGCACCAUUUGUGGCGAUCCCAAAGGUAUGCCGAGUCUCGGCACCACUUUUUGCUCUCUUGUGAUGGCCAAGGCUGUGGUACUAUGCUAGUCGAGUUUCACAUCGGACGGGGUUAUCCCAGCGAGGUGGAUCUGUUUGUGGUUGGCACAAUUCUUCAGUUGAUUUGCCUUAAGAAACACCUGGUGGCGGCUAUGACGCUCAAAACAUACACCGAAGCCCACCCCUCCAUCCGCCGGGGUCCACCCUACGGACAUCCGUUGUUGAAUUUUGUUUGGCUUUUGCUCCUGGCCAUUGACACCAAACAGUCACUUGCCGUGUUUAGUAUCCUCAUUGAGAAAUAUAAACGGUGUCUAGACCGAGACCCCAACUACUUCCAAUUUGUGGAUAAAAUAGGUCAGAGCUUCUUCGGACUCCCUCCUCCGCGCAGGAGCACCCAGCCCAAUCUGUUUUCUGGGUUAUUUGAUCAAAUGUUCAGUGCAUUCAAUGACGACGACAAUUCAGAUUCGGACGAAUCGUCAUCUCAUUCCGGGCCCUCCCGUGGAGGAGCUCAAGCCGCGAAUGCAAGGGUUUCCAAAUCCAGUCCAAAGGCUCGAAUGGAAACGGAAGACUUGGACUGAAAUCGGAGUAUCGACGACAAGGUGACACAAGACUGUCGGCAAUUUCACGCAUUCGUCCCAUUUUCGGAUGAGCUCCUGAAUAACGGCAAACGGAUAUCAGGAAGUAUCUACGUUUGUUUGUAUCACAUCAUCAAUAAAGAACAUGAUUGACUUCGAA